GUUAACUCCUGGUUAACGUUUGACCAGACGGCGUGAAGCUGCUCGGAUCACUGUGGGGUUUGACGAGGGACUCGCUCCAGCUCUCUUGGGGAGGCCGCGGUAAUGACACCCAUGGUGCAUCUGUUGUUGCUCCCAUUCCUGUGCAGCAUCGUGGGUGGGACCAAUUUGGAGGAGAAGAAAGGCCCGUUUGUGAACACAGAGUUGGACGUUCCAGAGGGAACACCAGUACCGUACGCCGUUUAUCAGUUUCAGGUGACACAUGCAGGUGUUAAUGGCUUCAGGCUGAGCGGAGAAGGAAAGGACAUCAAAGUAUCAAAGGAUGGGUGGCUUUACCUGGAGAAACCUCUGGACUGGUCUCAAGACGACCAAUACAUCCUCAGCGUGGAGGCGUUGGCAGAUGACGUAGUCGUCGAUGGCCCGGUCAUUGUGACCAUAAAUGUUUUGGAUGUGAACAACAACGCUCCGCAGUUCAACCAGAGCAGAUACACGGCCACGGUUCGAGAAAAGACUUCAUCAGGCGUCGCCUUUACCCGAGUGUUCGCUUCAGAUCGGGACGACCCCGAGACCGCCAACGCUCGUCUGAGCUACAGCCUCGUCAGCCAGAUCCCCAACAACCACAACAUCCUGAUGUUUCAGAUCCAUCCCGACACAGGAGAGAUCUCCACCACAAGAGAGGGAGAACGGAUGCUGAAGGCCCGAGCAGGAAUCCAGUACAGCCGGGGAGAAGAUCGGAGCAUCGACGCGCUGAAGACCAAGUUUGAGGAGUUCUGUCCGGUGCAGAAGAUCCCGUAUGAGGAGAACCCCUUCUUCACCUGCGUGGAGAGAGCAGAGCUGAGGAGGCGUAACGUGGACCCCCUGGAGGACCCGGACUACACCCUGAUUGUGCGUGCACAAGACAUGGGAGGAGCAUCGGAGAUGUCGCUGAGUGGAAACACCAGAGUGCACAUCGUUGUGCAGCAGAACCUGUGGGUUAACCCCGGGCCAAUAACGAUCAAAGAGAACUUAAAAGGAGAAUACCCACAGGUUAUUGCAAAGGUCCAGUCCAAUGACCCCGACGCCAUCUACUCCUUAGUGCAGAAAGAGCGGGAGCUGAAAUUCCCAUUCCAGAUCACUGAGGACGGGGAAAUCCUCGUGACUGAGGAGCUGGACAGGGAGGACAAGGAGAUGUACAUCCUCGUGGUGUUCGCCAAAGACGGACGCGGCAACGAGGUGGAGCCACCCCUGGAGAUUUACGUCCGGGUGGAGGACGUGAAUGACAACGAGCCGGUGUGUGAACACGAGGAGAGCGUGUUUGAGAUACAGGAGGAUGAGCCUGUAGGCAGCCUGGUGGGGCAGCUGUUGGCCCGUGAUGAUGAUCAAGAAGGAACUAUGAAUUCUCAGCUGACGUUCGCCUUCGAGCCUCAAACAGCGUCCACCGCCUCCAGCAGCUUCGUCAUCGACGAAGCUUCUGGGAGGAUUCAGUCCCUCCGUUUCCUGAGAAGAAAAGAGCAGCAGGUGUACACGUUCAGCGUCAGAGUUAGCGAUUCGGGUUUCAGCACGGUGUGUAAAGUGGUCGUCAAGGUGAUCGACGUCAACAACGAGAUGCCUCUGUUUGAGAAGAACAACUACGGUAACCACACUCUGACAGAGGACUCCCCUGUGGGUUCCACGGUUCUGACCCUCAAAGCGACGGACGCUGACGACCCCGACAGCGGCAGCUCGUUGAUCGAAUUCCACAUCUCCGCAGGCAACGAUGGCGACGUGUUUAAGGUGGAAACCGACGGCAAUGGCGUUGGUCAUCUGGUCGUAGCAAAGCCUCUGGACUUCGAGUCCUCUCACACCUACGACCUCCAGAUCGACGCUCGUAACCCAGAGCCUCUGAUGAAAGGCCUGGAGUACGGCGGCGAGUCCACCGCCGUCCUGUCCGUGUGUGUCACUGAUGUGGACGAGGCUCCCGAGUUCAGCCUGGACAUCCUGGAUGUGACCGUAGCAGAAGACAUCACGAAGGGAUCAGUUGUGUUCAAGGUGGAGGCCAAGGACCCCGAAGGGAAAGAGAUCAGUUUUAAGAUGGACGGCGACUCGCAGGGCUGGCUGGAGCUGGAUGCGGCCACCGGAGAGAUCCGAACCAAAGAGAACCUGGACAGAGAAAAGCUGGAGACGUUUGAACUCACCGUCAUCGCCUUCGAGACGGACAACCCAGAGAAGUCCUCUGAGCGCGUUGUCCACGUGCGGUUGCUGGACGUCAACGACAACGUCCCCAAGCUGAUUGAGACGCAGACCUUCAUCUGCAUGCAGGACAUCAAACCUAUCGUCAUCAAGGCCCAGGACGGGGACAGCGUCCCUUUCUCACAGCCUUUUACGUUCGCCUUCGUCAAGAAAUCUCCUAACUGGGAGCUGCGCGCCAUCGACGGAACAACAGCUGAAGUUCGUCUGAAGAAGAAGCCAAUCAAAGAAGCGACUAUCCCUCUCUACAUCGACAUUUUGGACAGUGCAGGCUUAGGAGUAACGCAGUUAUUUGAAGUGAAAGUCUGCAACUGCACGGAGCUGGGCCACUGCUACAUCCCACCACAAGGACAGGGAUUCAAACCUGGACUCGGAACCAUCAUCGGGAUCCUGGCAGGCGUUCUGGGAGUCUGCAUUAUCGUCGCCGUUGUCGCGAUCAAACGCUCAUCUAAAAAGAGCAAGAAGAAAGGUCUGAACGAGGAAGAGGAGCGGAACGCCAUCAUGUAAAAACACAACGUUUUUUUAUUUAUAUGCAGAAAUGUUGCAAAGAGUUCUCUGCGUGUUUCACACGCCGCAGAGCCGCUGUUGCACGGCGGUGUGGAUCUAAGCCUCAAACGUGUCUCUGCUCCAGUUUUUACCGUCUGGACGUUUUUAUGGCGCCUUUUUUCCGUCUGAGCGGUUUGACUCGACGGCAUUAAAUUAUAUACAUUAAUAUGUAAGAUUAAAUGUUUAGAAAGUCCUUUUUUCACCCUCCAGUCCCCAGAGAUCCAGUGAGACCUCACAAACAGAAGCUUUCACUUUAGUUUAUUUUCUUAAACGGCUGAUUUUAAUUAACGGCUGUUGUGUAAAAUAUCUCACCGGUCAAGCACCCACACGGCUUGUUGUUAAUUUAUUAAAAUGACAUUCUCAGACGAGCAGUUUUCCAUCUCAGAGCCUGUUGAUGCCUGCUGCUGAUGUUCACCACGAUGAGCAGCAACUCCUGUUUUGGUGAAGCUCUCAAUAAAAAACAAACCUGAGAAUCA